AUGUUUUGGGGUGACCUUGCUGUUCGUGGGAGGCCAGGUUUCUUUUUCUUUACAUCACCCGUUUCCCUGAAGUUAUCUUUCCUCGCUUUCUUCUUUUCUUUUUCUAUAAGCUGUCUUCUGUCUCUCUUUCACCUCGAUAUAGUGGCAUUCCGCACACGUUGUCAAACGGGUCCAUCUAUUCCACUCAGAGACGAAUUCUCCUCGCAAAUACAUCUUUUCGGCCCAUAUGCCGAGACAAGUCUUUUCUUACUUCCUCUCUUUCUCUUUUUGUCAUCUAGGGGCUUGGCUGACGAUCAAGUUGAAAAUGCGUUCCCUCUCUCUUUCGUCUCAAUAUUUUCUUCCUCUCUUUCCUUUUCCCAUAAGUAUCUCCUUUUGAGAUCUUUCCUCGCUUUCUUCUUUUCUUUUUCUAUAAGCUGUCUUCUGUCUCUCUUUCACCUCGAUAUAGCGGCAUUCCGCACACAUUGUCAAACAGGUCCAUCUAUUCCACUCAGAGACGAAUUCUCCUUGCAAAUACAUCUUUUCGGCCCAUAUGCUGAGACAAGUUUCGCACCAGGACAAAUUUUGCGAACACGCCUUUUCAGCCCACAUGCCAAAACAAGUUUCGCACCAGGACAAAUUUCAUGA